AUGGCUGCAAACUUCUCCCCCUAUCAAGAUACCCCCGAAGCCUCGCGCGCCCUCUCCCCCCCACCCCUCCACUCCCCCCGCCCAUCAACCGACCGCUCACGCCCCUCCCUCGACCGCACCACACACACAACCCGCACGCCCACCUACCACGACUACUUCCAGCCCUCGCCGCCUCCCUCACACACCCCGUCGCGCUCCCCCUCCCCCAGCACCACAUUCCUCCACCCCCGCACCACCAUAUCCAUGUUCAACACCUCGCUCUCCAUCCCACUCGACUACGAAGCCAGCGCCGCAUACCUGCUCCUGCCCCCCGCUGGCGCCGUCCUCCUCUUGAUACUGGAGCACCAGAGCGAUUACUUGGUCGAGCUGGAUUAG